AUGAAGUUGACGAGUUCAAGUAGUUCUUGCUUGAUUCGAGUGGUGUUGAUGCUUUGUGGCUCUGGUGGUGUCGUUGGAUUGUCGAGUGGUGUUGUUGGCAGAGUUGUGCUUGUUUCAGUGCUGCUGGUGGCGGUGAUGUUCAUUGCCCUAAUCAUAGUUAGUGUGAAGGGGAAGUCCCCUGUUUGGCAACUUGUUUGGGUUAACUCCAGUCUAGCUAUUCCUAUUCCUCAAUUAGAUAAGGAAACUGGGUUUGGCCCAAACUUAAAGGAAGUGCGUGAGCCCAUCCUAGAAGAGUCUCAUAUGAGCCCAACAGAACUUAAUGGGCUAAGUAAAGAAGGAGGCACCACCAUUAACAUGAUCAGUGAAGAAGUUGGGCAGCAAAAUUUUCAAGUGAUGCAAGGGCUAGAUAACAACCCGGCCCAGAUAAAGGAAUCAGCAAGCUCCACUGGCCCAACCACUCCAGCCCCAAUCCAGAAUAGAGCGCAUUCUGGACACUUGUAUGGCAAGAGUCUUCCAAAGGAUGUCCUUGAAGAGACAUAUGCAGGAUGA